AAUGGCCUCUAAAGCUUCUCUCUCCGAGGUUGAUUUCUCCUGUCCAGUAUGCUGUGACAUCUUCAAGGAUCCUGUGGUCCUGUUGUGUAGCCACAGCUUCUGUAAAGCCUGUCUGGAGGAAUACUGGAAACAGAAGACAUCUUGGGAAUGUCCAGUCUGCAGAAAGAAAUCAUCAAUGGAAUUCCCCCCCUGCAACCUGGUUUUAAAGAAUCUGUGUGAGGCCUACUUACACGAUAGAAGCCAGAGAGCUUCAGCAGGGCCUGAGGUGCUCUGCAGUCAACACAGUGAGAAACUCAAGCUCUUCUGUCUGGAGGAUAAACAGCCCAUCUGUUUUGUGUGUCAAACUUCCAAAAAGCAUAAAAGCCAUGACUGCUGCCCAAUAGAUGAAGCUGUACUGGAUCAUAAGGAGGAACUCAAGACUGCACUGGAGCCCUUACAGGAGAAGAUGAAGGUCUUCAGAGAAGUUAAACUGAGCUGUGAUCAAACAGCCAACCACAUCAAGAGCCAGACCCAGCACACAGAGAGGCUGAUUAAGAUGAGGUUUGAGAAGCUUCAUCAGUUUCUAUAUCAUGAAGAGAGAGCCAGGAUAGCUGAACUGAAGGAGGAAGAGGAGCAGAAGAGUCAGAUGAUGAAGAAGAAGAUUGAGAAGAUGAGCAGAGAGAUAUCAUCACUUUCAGACACAAUCAGAACCAUAGAAGAAGAGCUGGGAGCUGAGGACAUCUCAUUCCUGCAGAACUACAAGGAUACAGUGAAAAGAGCCCAGUGUACACUGCCAGAUCCAGAGAGGGUUUCAGGAGCGCUGAUCGAUGUGGCAAAGCACCUGGGAAACCUGCAGUUCAGAGUCUGGAAGAAGAUGCAGGGAGUAGUUCACUACACUCCAGUGACUCUGGACCCCAACACUUCCCACCCAGAUCUCAUCCUGUCUGAUGAUCUGACCAGUGUGAGAUACAGUGAUGAGAAACAGCAGCUUCCUGACAACCCAGAGAGGUUUGAUGGCCAUAGAAUGGUCCUGGGCUCUAAGGGUUUUAACUCAGGAACACACAGCUGGGACAUUGAUGUUAGGAAGAAUAAAGGCUGGGACCUGGGUGUGAUCACAGAGUCUGUCCAGAGGAAGGGAUACAAUGGUUAUUGGCAUAGAUCCUGGGGUGUGUUGUUUGGUGGUGGUGAUUAUAACACACAUGUACCAAAUAAGCCACUCACUCCCCUCACAGUGAGACAGAAUCCCCAGAGGAUCAGAGUGCAGCUAGACUGGGAAGGAGGAAAGCUGUCAUUCUCUGACCCUGUCAAUAACACACAUCUACACACAUUCACACACACUUUCACUGAGAGAGUCUUUCCAUACAUCAGGAAUCUCUGUUUUCUCCACCCUCUGAGAGUGUUACCAGGUAAGGUGUCUGGAUCAGUGGAUACUGUCUCUGUCUGAAUCAGGGACUAACAGGAUGUAAAUGAGUCAGUAACACCCCUUGAUGUCCUUCAUUAAGAUUCCACAGAGGGAGGACACACUGUGAUGGAUAUUAUCAUUGUCUGACUCACCUGUUACUAAUAUAGAAUGAAUAUGUAAUCUGUUCUUUGUUGGUUUUAUUUUUUACCACAUUUACAUUUUGUCUGGUUGUUUUAACCCCUGCAGUAUGUAUCCCAAUAAACUUGGGCUGCCUGAAUGGCAUUUGGCGUAUAGUGUUGUGGCCUUGGACCAUGCCUCUGUUAGCUAGCUUGUAGACAAUGACACCGUUAAUGUAUGUCUGUAGAGUGCAACACAUUUUCAACCAAUAAACAUGUUUGAAUUA